CCAUCAUAUAUUAAUUACUAAAAUAUGUUUUAUUCAACAACUACUACACUUUUUAUAUUUUUUUAUAACAUAUGUUAAUAUUAGUAUAUAUUUACAAUUACAAUUACCGAUUAUUUAUACUAUGAUUAUGGUUAAAGCAAGCUUCCAUUUACAUUACUUCUACUCUCUCAAAAAUUUCCGCAGAUGGAUUCAUCACCGAAUCAGAUCGUUAAAGAAAUUCCGAGAGUCAUUCAAGUAUACAAAGAUGGCCGAUUCAAGAAACUCUCCGGCACCGACACCGUUCCCGCCGGCGUUGAUCCAUCCUCCGGCGUCCAAUCCAAAGACGUCAUCAUCUCACCUGAAACCAACCUCUCCGCCAGGCUUUACCUUCCCAAAACCCCCACCAAAAAACUCCCCCUUCUGAUAUACUUCCAUGGCGGUGGAUUCAUCACCCAAACCGCCGCAUCCCCCUUCUACCAUAACUUCUUAAACCUCAUCGCAGCGGAGUCCAACGUCGUCAUAGUUUCCGUUGACUACCGAACGGCGCCGGAGCAUCCCGUCCCCACCUGCUUUGAAGAUUCCUGGGAAUCAAUCAAAUGGGUCGCCGGAAACUGCCCGGACACUUGGCUAAAUGACUUCGCCGAUCUUGAAAAUGUAUUCUUCGCCGGUGACAGCGCCGGUGCUAAUAUCGCCCACCACAUGGCUAUCCGGGUCGGGUCAGAAAAUCCGAGAUUGAGCAUGAACCUACGGGGUACUGUCUUGCUCCACCCGUAUUUUUGGGGAGAAGAUCGAAUCGGGUUUGAAGAAGAACACCCAUGGAAGGCUUUAAUUGAAGAUAUGUGGAUCUUUGCCUACCCGGGAGCAAGUGGGUUGGAUGAUCCGCUUAUUAACCCGGAUAAGGAUCCGAAGGUAUCGGAUCUUGGAUGCUCCAAGGUACUGGUUUGUGUUGCCGAGAAAGAUGUAUUGAAGGAUAGAGGAUGGUAUUAUAAGGACAUUUUGGGCAAAAGUGGGUGGAAUGGAAGUAUCGAGGUUAUUGAGGAGAAAGGGGAAGACCAUGUGUUUUUCCUAUUUAGCCAUUCUGCAGAUAGUUCUUGUACAUUGCGCAUGAGAAUUUGUACUUUCAUCAAUCAGAUCGAUAAGUAACCUAAUCAUGUAAUUAGUGAAUGACAAAUGUCUGUCAAUAUAAUAGAAUAAAAAUAUGAUAUUGUUUGGUGUU